ACUUAUGCCCAUCACGCGUUGGUCAAUAUGGAAGUUACGUUGAGGUUGGAUUGAUUAAGAAGCAAAAUGAUGGGCUGUAGCAAUGGAGAAUGGAAUCUUAAUAAAAUUUGCCGCCUUUGUUUGAGGCAUGAAGGUGCCUUGUCGCCUAUAUUCACGGAAUUAUUCCUUAUAGAAUACUGUACUGCCUGUCACUUAAGUGACCUAUUGUCAUGCACAAGUUCAUGACUACUGCUGAUGUCGCUCCCACCCAACAAUUCAACAUGUCCACAACCCAGGAAGGGACCCUCUGUAACGAAUGGAUAAGAAGCAGUGUGUCCAGAGCCUGCCUGGACACAGAGACUAGAAGAAAAAUCCUCUGCCUCUGCCAGGGAUCAAACUGUGGUCAUCCAGUCCAUAAUCAAGACACUAUACUGACUGAACUACAGUGGCUCCAUAAAUUAUAUUACACAUAGCAUAAAUUAAUAAAAAUAUGGAAUGUAAGAUACUGUGUGACCAUUGUAUUUGUUUCAGGUGUUUAUGAAUGAUGGUUUACCAAUGAAUAUCUGUGCCCAAUGCAUAUAUCAACUAAACUGCUCAUUCAAAUUUAAAACACAAUGUGAAAAUUCUGAUGCAACACUCCGAAAGUAUAAUGCGCAGUUAAAAAAUGAGCAAAAAGAAGAAUUUCAAGAUGAGACUUCAGAGUAUGACAACAUGGUCAACUGUAGUGACUGGAACGAAAAGGCGGAAGACCAUUUUGCUUCGCGCAGUUCAGCUGUUCCUAAACAACUGAGUGACACAGGCGACCUGAACCAACAACAAGCAAACAUAAAGUUGGAGAAUGAUGAUGAACUGCGUUAUACUAGUAAUUCUGCUUGGAACUGUAAUGAAUCAAAUGCUAAAGUUUCAUCUAGUAUGAAUCGGUGUGGGACAAAUGAAGGAAAUAUGAUUCAUGACAGCAAACAAGUUACUAGUACAAAACAUACGUCUUGGAAUGAAUCAGAAGGGAGAAGCAGGGGUGACAUGAGCAUGAAAUUCCGUCGCAGCAGAACAACAUCUGUUUUUAAAAGUAUAGGAAUGUCCUACAGGGAACCACAACAAAAGAUGAAGGAAAAAAACAAAACACUGAAAAGUAAUUUUAGUAGUAGGAACGCUUACGUUAACAGAGUGCAGAACGAGUCAGUAACUUCUGAAAUGAAUGAAAACCCCCAAAAACAACACACUUGUCAUCUGUGCUUCCAGUCGUACGCUGGCCGUUCUGGUUUGUGGCAGCACCUCCAGAAGCACAGCGGGCGGCUGUACAUAUGCAAAGUAUGCAAUAAACAAUUCACAAGAGGAAAUGCCCUAAAACAGCAUGAGAGAAGUCAUUCGAAAGAUUCGUCUAAUAUCACGUGUCAGAUAUGCAAGAAGAUAUUACUGAAUGUAGUGCAGCAAAGGAGGCACGUGAUAAGUCAUUUCAUCGACUGGAGUAACGCGCAGAUACGCACAUAGUACUUAUUAUAGAAUGGUAUUCAGUGGUGAAAAUUGGCUCUACAAGCAAAAUGAGCUGCAGGCACAUUCCAUUAUAAUUACUUUACAGCACAUACUUUAUGUAGAGACAAAUGAACGAUGACUUCAGGUAGACGUGGAAGGAAAUGGUAAGACAGAAAUAGUUCAGUAGCUGAAUAAAAUUUACACAUCUCUAUUAUUAACAACUUCCCUCAUUGUCCAGAAUUGGAAUGGGUUGAAAAAUGUCAUUGUAAAUAUAUCAUCGCAUGCAGGGUAGCAGUUUGAAAGUAGAAAGUUAGAAAGCAAGAAUAGGAGAUGGACGGAAGUGGCCCAGAUUUAUACGCAUCCCUGGAAACAUGGGAUAUGUCUCAUACGUCUUUUGGAACGUCGUAUUCGUGCUGUUAAUGCAGAAUAUCGUAUGGACCGAAUAAUAAAUGCCACGUGUAAUGCGAACUGUGACGUUACUACAAUGACAGGUACUGAAAUGUUUCCAAAAUUUCACCUGUCAUAGAAAGCACUGCAAGAAAUAUUUGGUACUGCUCAGAAUUAUCAGUCUUUACGUCGCUACAGAAUUCAAUAUUAAUGCAAGUGCUUGCUGCAUUUGAUUUUAAAUUAUUUGUUAGGUAUAGGACCAUUCUUUGGUCUAGUCGUUAGUGUCCUAGCCUAGUAUUCAAACAGAAUGUCCCAGGAUUGAUCCAAAUUGUAGACUUUAAUAUCAGAGCCAAAUAGAAAUAACGCAUCUGUCAGUAUAAUGACAAUCACGUGAAUACGACAGUACAGGCACCUCUGUAUACAUUGAAUUAACUGUUGUAACAACAUUUUAAAAGAUUAAUAAAAUGUUGUAAAUAAUUACCCAAA